UAGAUUAGACUUCAUUAUUGAUACAAGCGCUCAAGAAGUGCAGGUUUCAUUUUUGGAUGUAAAGUUGAAGUUCUUCUACAGCAAUGGAGGGUAGAAGAAGAUUGAGUAUUCUCCACAACUGUAUGAUAAUAACAAUGGAUGAUCAAGAAAGGGUUUUCAAAGAUGGUGCUAUUGUUAUUGAUGGAGAUAAGAUUAUUGCUAUUAAUCAAUCUUCACUCAUUUUAAAGGAGUUUGGUACUACUGGUCAUGAUGAUGUUGAAAUUAUUAAUCUCAAUGGAAAAAUCUUGAUUCCAGGUUUAAUCAAUACACAUGUUCAUACAUCUCAACAACUUGGCAGAGGAAUAGCUGAUGAUGUUGAUUUAAUGACUUGGUUACAUAAACGAAUAUGGCCUUAUGAAUCUAAUAUGACUGAAGAAGAUUCUUAUAUUUCUACACUGCUUUGUGGAAUUGAGCUCAUUCACUCUGGUGUAACUUGUUUUGCUGAAGCGGGUGGACAACAUGUUUCUGGGAUGGCAAGAGCCGUGGAGCUACUGGGUUUACGUGCAUGUUUAGUGCAGUCAACCAUGGAUUCUGGUGAGGGCUUACCAGAAAAGUGGGGUGUUCAGUCUACGGAUUAUUGCAUUCAGUGCGUUUGGCAACCUGUCUUUUUGGUCCGUCACACUCCAUCAUUCUUCUGUAUGACCAAUGUUAACUAUAUUGACUCAAGGGAUCAGUCUCAAAAGGAACUUUAUGCGAAGCAUCAUAAUACUGCAGAUGGGCGUAUUAAAAUGUGGUUUGGAAUACGGCAAAUUAUGAAUGCAACUGAUAAGCUACUAUUUGAAACCAGAGAUGCAGCGAAAGAACUGAACACUGGCAUCCACAUGCAUGUUGCAGAGAUAGCUUACGAAAAUGAAUUUGUGACAAAAACUCGAGAAGUUGAUCAUGGAACAGUUACAUACUUGGAGAAAAUAGAACUCCUACAACCCAACUUGUUGGCAGCUCAUUCCGUCUGGGUCAAUGAUACUGAGAUUGGUUUUCUUUCCAAGGCUGGUGUUAAAGUUUCUCACUGUCCUGCUGCAGCAAUGCGAAUGCUUGGGUUCGCACCUGUAAAGGAGAUGCUGGAUGCUGGGAUUUGUGUCUCUUUGGGUACUGAUGGGGCCCCAUCAAAUAAUAGGAUGAGCAUAGUUGAUGAGAUGUAUCUAGCUUCUCUAAUUAACAAAGGACGUGAAACUUACCUAAAGGGAACAACUGACCCUACAGCUCUGCCUGCUGAGACAGUAUUGAAAAUGGCAACUAUAAAUGGUGCAAAAUCAGUAUUAUGGGAUAAUGAAAUAGGUUCACUUGAAGUCUCUAAAAAGGCUGACAUGGUUAUCGUCGAUCCUUUCUCGUGGUCCAUGCUACCUGUACAUGACUGUAUUUCGAGCCUUGUCUACAGUUUUCGAACUGAAAAUAUUGAAGCCGUCAUGUGCAAUGGUCAGUGGAUUAUGAAGGACAGGAAGAUUGUGAACAUAGACGAGGGACAAGUUUUCUCACUAGCAAAAGAAGCUUCUCAGGAACUUUUAAAGAGGGCAGGCAUCACAAUACCGAGCAGAAUGAACUUCAUCUGAUUGUGCACGAUCCUUGUCAGACGAAGAAUAGAAGGGAUUUUCGGAGAACAAAAGUCAUAGUUGACUCACUUUCCUGUCUGGGUUAAUAAUCCUCACACAUAAGGUAGUUUUGGCUAUAUAAAAACACUUUGGUCGUUCUUUAUCUGGCCUAAAAUUUUCUAUUUUACAGUGUAUUUCUUUAGAGAUUAUUAAUCUGUCGACGCCUGAAUUGCUUAGUGUCGUAGAUGUUCUAUGAGUACUCAUUAGUGGCUGACUCCAA